GCUACCUAGUUUUGGCGCCUUGGAUUUCGUACCCCAAAAUUCUCUCCCAACACCUUUUUCUACAAUGGAAGUCCUGUUCCGAUAAUUCUCAAAAGGAGCAAAACAUGGCGGAGGAAGAGCAGGGUCCGGCGGUUCCUUAUCUCUGCCGGCUGCUCGAAGCAUUCAAAGGAAGAGAAGUGCCGCGGCCGAAAAACAAGAUGAUUAUCGGCGAGGCAGAAGGGGAAGACGAAGCUGAUGUCAACAUCGCGGCCGCCGGUGGUGACAGUGGCGGUGAACAGGAUAAUCCGGAGUCGGAGGAAGAGGAGGAAGCUCUUCCAAUUGGUGUUAAAAUUAGGAGUUUGGGAACAGGAAGCGAGAGGAUAUACCACUAUGAAGCUUUCACCUACAAUGGGAAUUCCUUCCAUAUUGAUGAUCCUGUGUAUUUAGUACCUGAUGAACCAAAUGGGAAGCCUAGGGUGGCUAUAAUCAAGAGCAUUGCCCAGAAACCUGAUCAGAAGCUUGUUGUAACUGGGCGAAUGUUGUAUCGCCCUGGAGAGGCACAAAGGGCAAAUUUUGGAUGUUGGAAACCCCGUUCCAAUAGAGAAGUGUUUUACAGUUUUCACCUGGAAGAGUUCCCUGCAGAGCGAGUCAUGCACAAAAUUGUACUGCAUUUUAUACCCCGGAACAAGCAGAUUCCUCUCCGUGUGCAGCAUCCGGGUCUCAUUGUGCAAAGCAUUUAUGACACAGAACUGAAGCGGUUAUACAACCUGAGAGAAAGAAGUCUUGGAGAGAGAAGACAAAAUGAAAUUGAUCUCUUAAUUCAGAAUACGACAUCCCGCCUAGGAGACCUUCCUGACCUUGAGCUAGAUGAUGAAGGUAUGCCUAAGAGUUGAAGAAACACGAAUUUGAGAAUACUGACAUGGUUUUAGGUAUUAAUGUAGCAAAUUCUUAGCGUCUGCUUCUGGCUUUGUUGAUCCACUAUUGGUGUUGCUUUAGACCUUUAGUGUCUUUUAGAUGCAUAAACAGAAUAUGUUUGUGCGAUGUACAUCUAGAGUUCUAGACAGACUAGACUGCAGGUUGAUGUAAAUUUUGAUGCCAGCUAGUACCUUAAGAAACAGGUUGACUUUAGGAAAUGGCAGUAUAAUUUAACUGAGAUGAAAUUCAAUGGAAAAAUGCCAACUGUUAC